UGUUGAUAAUUUUUUUUUAUAUUUCUUUUACUCUUUGUGAAGUAUUUUAAUGUAAAUACACAUGCUGUUAAAAAGUUUAAAUAAUCGUAACUGAAAUAAAAACUGUCAACAAUUCUAUCUUAAAUAAUAUAAGUAAUAUUAAAUAAAAUGUAAUGCAAGCUGUACAAAGUUACAUUUAGAAGGAAUCCUAAAACGUGCAAAUUUUGUAUAAUAAUUUAAAAUGGCAUUAUAUCGUGUUAAUAUGAAUGCAACAUCAAUGAUUUAUAAUAGUUAUAGGUUCUGUGUUAAUAUAACAAAAUUAGAUUUACAAAAAAGACAAACGACAGUAAAAAAUGAACAAUUUUCAUUAAAAUACAUGUCUUCGGGGAUGGCCAAAGGAAGACUUACUUUACAAAAUUAUAUAACAAGAAGAAAAUCCGAAGCAUCUAGAAGUAUAAUAGUUCAAGUAGCAUCAGUUAAAUCGUGCAAAGAUCUUCUACUUUAUUGCGCUAACUUGGGUGGUCUUGUAGAGAAAGUGUAUUUUUAUACAUUGCCAAAACAACAUCAAUUCGUCCUAAUUGAAUUUAAAAAUAUACAAACUGCUGAAACUGUCUGCUCGAAUGCAGCAUUCAUGGAUGAUUGUACUUAUAUUCCCAGUAGAACAAACGUAUUAUGGUUUCGUAAAGUACAAAAAGACAAGAUGAACUUAAAAUAUGCCUAUGAAUUACCAAAAAUACAUUUGUGUAAUUCUUUAAUAUUACAACAGGAUACUAUUAGAAAUGCAAUUAUAAAUUCAUCUUCGAUAUCGGAACAAAUGAUAACUUUAUAUAACAAAUACAAAUUAGAUGAAUUAGAGAUAAGAUUAAAAUUUCAAACUAUUGUACAAUUAGAAAAAUGUUUCAAAGGUUUUUUUCCAAACAUAAUUAUACAUCCAUUUGGUUCUUUUAUUAAUGGUUAUGGAAAGAGACAGUCUGAUCUUGACUUGAUUCUUUUUACAGAUGGUUCUAAAAAGGAAAAUACAUUCAGCAGAUUGAUAUAUCAUGGGAAAUCAACUAAUAUUGAUGAAAAGCAGCAUAUCCAUGCAUUCAUGGGAGUAUUAGCAGAUGCCAUGAAAUAUAUUAUACCUGGUAUAUUUAACGUACGAAAAAUUUUUAAUGCGAGGGUUCCUAUUAUUAAAUUCCAAAACUUUUUUACGCACACGGAGUGUGACUUGAGUAUGAGUAAUACAAUUGCCACAUAUAUGUCGGAGCUAUUAUUUUUAUAUGGUGAAGAAGACGAUCGAGUUAGACCACUCAUAUUUACAAUUCGAAAAUGGGCAGAAGAUAAUAAAUUGACUUCUAUUCAUCCAGGAAAAACGAUUACAAAUUUUUCAUUGACUCUAUUAGUAAUAUUUUAUUUACAACAAGUUGAGAUAUUACCUGCCAUAAAUUCUAUAACAAGUUUUUCAGAAAUAUCAAAUAAUGGUCAAAAUAAUAUGAAAAAGAUAUAUACGCAUUAUACGCCAAAUUAUCUGAAAUCGUAUAGAAAGAAUAAUAUGCAUUUAAGUGCUCUUUUAAUAGAUUUCUUUAAAUUUUAUGCUACUUUUGAUUUUAAUGUUCAAAAAAUUUGUUUGAGAACAGGUACUACAAUAAAAUCAAUACACAAUACAGCAUUAUAUAUAUGCAAUCCAUUUGAAACAGAAUUAAAUGUUAGUAAAAAUGUUAGUUGUAAUGAAGUACAACGCAUACAAUCAUUAAUGUCAGUAGCAAUUAGCAACCUUCAAAAUACUAAAGCUUCACAGACUAAAAAAUGGGGUAUUUUAUCGAUACUAAACUUUCCCGAAUCACCAAAUUUAAGUAUCAAUGUAUUAAAAAUAUUUGAUAAAGAUACAAACACGGAAAAUACUCGAGAUGACAGAACGAUCACAAAUAUUCAAGAAAAUGAUGUUAGCGAUACAUUAAAUAGAGAAGCUAACCAUGUUAUUACCAAUAAAAAUCUUAUGUAACAGAGAAAUAAACCAAAUGUAAAUAUUAUUAAUAAUAUUACCUUAUAAAAAAA